GCGGCGGGAGGGAUGAAACCGGCUCCGGGGCGGCGGCGGCUCCCGGCACUGCCCGUGCUGCUGUUCCUGCUCCUGUUCCUGCCCCUCCUGCUCCUGGGAGCUGCAGACACCAAGAAUCCCAUCAUCCCGCUCCGGGAGGGGCACGAGUCCCAGCACGAGGAAUCCCAGCGAUUCUGCUACACCAACACCCGCGUGCCACGAUGGAACGACAUCUGGACGAGGACACAGAUCCAUGUCACCAGCAGCCGGAUGAUCCGCGUCACGCAGGUGGACAGCGAGGAGGAGCUGGAGAGGUUCAGCGUGUGGAACGUGCUGUUCUCCUUCCUGAGGGGGAAGCUCAACGACACCAGCAUCGACGUGGAUCUCUACAGCAACAAGACCUGCCUCAAGGUCGAGCUGCUGGAGCCUGGCACCACCUACUCCGUCCUCCUCUUCCGCCGUUUUGAUCCUAAGAUGUUCCUUGUUUUCUUCCUGGGCCUGCUGUUGUUUUUCUGUGGGGACACACUGAGCAGGAGCCAAAUCUUCUACUACUCAGCUGGGAUCAGUGUUGGAUUGUUGGCCUCACUGCUUGUCCUCGUCUACAUGAUGUCCAAAGUCAUGCCCAAGAAAAGCCCUGUGUACUUCCUGCUGGUUGGAGGUUGGUCCUUUUCCCUCUACCUGCUUCAGCUGAUCUUCAAGAACCUGCGGCAGAUCUGCACGUACUGGCGGUACCUGUUAGGUUACCUGCUGCUCGUGGGCCUCCUGAGCUUCGCUGUGUGCUACAGGUACGGCCCCUUGGAGAACGAGCGCAGCAUCAACCUCCUCUCCUGGGCCCUGCAGCUGCUGGGGCUUCUGCUGAUGUACUCAGGCAUCCAGAUCCAUCCCAUCGCCCUGGGCCUGGUGCUCGUUGCCAUCUGCACCAAGAACCUGGAUUACCCCUUGCAAUGGGCCUUUGCUGCCUGCCGGAAGAUACAGAGUUCCAGGCGUUCCAAGCUGGGCCCAACCCCCCCUCGGCUGCUGACAGAGGAGGAAUUUCGGCUCCAGGGCGAGGUGGAGACUCGAAGGGCCCUGGCAGAACUGAGGAGCUCCUGCCAGAGCCCUGAAUUCUCUGCCUGGACCACGGUGUCCCGCAUCCAGUCUCCCAAAAGGUUUGCUGCCUUUGUGGGUGGUGCUUCCCAUGUCACCCCCAAUGAGGUGUCUGCCCACGAGGAGGAGUUUGGCCUGGGAAGAUUAUACAUUGAUGAGGAGCUCUUUGAGGACGACGAUGAUGAUGAUGAUGAUGAAGAGGAGGAGGAAAACAUCCAUGACUUCUCUGCUGGGAAUCACAGGAGUGACUCCCUGCCCCACAACCAUCUGGAUGUCCAGUGAGGUGCCUGAGGGUGACACACACAAGAGGAACUUUGGACCUGUCCCACUGGUACCUGCAGGCUCAGCACCUGUCUGGAGCCGCG